AUGUGGUUAGUCAGUGAGCGUCGGGGCCGAGCCGACGGCGACGGCGACGGCACGGAGCACGAGCACAGGAGCGCGGGAGAGCCGCGCUGGUCGCUCAGCCAGCGCGCCGGCCACAGCACGGUGGAGUUCAAGAGCACGGCGUGCGCGGGGGCCACCGAGCCGCCCGCGCCGCCACUUGCCGCGCUGCCGGACCCGCAGCAGUUCAACAUAUUCCCGGCCUUCUUCAGCCGCCAGCUCAACUUCAGCGGCGGCGGUGGAUGCGGCCAAGGUUCCAAAAUAAUGGAAGAGUUGCGACCGAAUCUUGUUGGUGGGCUGCUGGGCGUGCCAGGGUUACUGGACGAGCACCAGCAAGACGCCAAAUUCCUGCCAACGGGAGGUGAGAGCAAGUACACGCCAGGCAAGGGCUCAUCAUCUGCGGAGGAGUUCGGCGGGCUGUACGGCGGGGAGCACGCUGCUACGCCGCCUGCACCACCACUUAGCCGGUCCUUGCAAGAUAACACAGCGGAAGGUGCAUUCAAAAAAUUAAAGCCGGAGCCUGGUGGGGGCAGUGGGGGUGUCUCUGGCGGUGCUUCAGCAUUGUCUCCAGCACUGGGCCCCCAGCACGCUGGCCAUACGCCAACCACUGCCUCCUGUCCCACGCCUGCACGACGUCGGCAUCGAACCACCUUCACACAGGAACAAUUAGCAGAAUUAGAAGCGGCAUUCGCUAAAUCACAUUACCCGGACAUUUACUGCAGAGAGGAGCUGGCGCGGACGACGAAACUUAACGAGGCACGGAUACAGGUCUGGUUUCAAAACCGUCGCGCGAAGUACCGCAAGCAGGAGAAACAGUUACAAAAGGCGUUGGCUCCUGCAGUGCUGCCUGGCUGCAACGGCAUGAUGAGGAACAUCCAAGGAUACAGAGGAUACCAGCCUUACCCACAUCCGAACACCAUCAACAGAUACCCGCAGCACCACGGGAGCUACGAGGAGCUGCAGAAGGACAUAUUCUCGCUGUCGCAGAUGGGAGGCGGCUCGUACCCUAUGCCGCAAGGGUUCUCCAUGGGACACGGGGCCAAUAUGAGCGCCGUCGGAAUGCGACAGGAUACAAUGGGCAUGAGCGCCGAGGACGAAUGGUACAACAAGUCGCUGUCCGCGCUGCGGAUGAACAGCGGUCACCACGCAAACCUAGCGGCCGCGCCGAUGUUGCAAUACCAGACCUAA